ACAAAGAUGGGGGAUGAAAAGGGUGCGAAAGAAACUUCGAAUGAAGCUGCAAAGUUGAACGAACUCCAAAACUAUAAAAAGGACGGGCAUGCUUUAAAAUUCUUCGCCUAUGCAUCUAUCAUGGAAGCUACUGAUAGCUUCUCAUCAAAUAACAAGUUAGGACAGGGAGGAUUUGGACAUGUUUACAUGGGAAAACUGCAUGAUGGGAAAGAAGUGGCUAUUAAGAGACUCUCAAGAAGUUCACGACAAGGGGUGACAGAAUUCACAAAUGAGUUAACGCUCAUAUCUGAACUCCAACACAGGAAUCUUGUACAGCUACUAGGUUGCUGCAUUGAAGGAGAAGAGAGAAUCUUAAUUUAUGAGUUCAUGCCAAAUAAAAGCUUGGAUUUUUUCUUAUUUGGUUAGAAGGAACACUUUAAAAGAAUUUUUUUUUCCCUAUAAGUUAAUUGUACCUUAUUAUAUUUCCUGCUGCAGUAUUGUUUAUUUUUCUUAUCUUCUAAUGAAUUUUUUCUUUUGGUAAAGAUUCAACAAAAAGCAAGUUACUGGAUUGGAAGACACGUUUCAACAUAAUUGAAGGAAUAGUUCAAGGCUUACUCUA